AUGGGAUUUGCACUACCAUUCUGUAACCAAUCUCAAAAAUAUGGCUCAUCCAAAAACCCUGACUGUUUCAUACCUCUUUGCAAGAAAACCCAAAAAUUUAACAUUUCAAACUGCAGCUCUAGUAAUCCUGAUAAGACUGUUGAUGUUACCAAUUCUUGUGGAGAAGUUGUGUAUCGCUUUGAAAAGAUUCUCAAUGGAGGAAUACCAAACAAUUUUGUAACAAAAUGGGUACUCGUGGAUACCAACUCCCUGAAUCAAGUGGCUGCAGUCAACAUGACACCCUUCAAAACAUGCAUAGAAGUGGAAGAUAUUAUAAGAAAAGUGGUAAACAAAGUUCAAAUUAAAGCUAAAGGAAAAUACAAACAAUUCAAGUUACCAUUUUGCUGUGGAAGCCAAGAAAAUCAAGGAAUGGACCCCAAUGUGGCUGCCACUGCAAAGCAAAUUUACCGAUGGUCAACCAAAAAAUACCACUUAGAACGGAUUUUAAAUGCAGCUUGUUCAAUAUACCCUUCUCCAAAUGUUGUUGUGGCACCGACCCAACCCAAAAAACGAAAAUGCCCCAGAAGAGAGAUUAUUGGCAAGUGCAAGCCAAUCAGUACACAGCCAAUGAAUUUUGAGCUAGAUUUAGAUUUGAAAAAAGUUGAAUUACCUCAAGCAUUGGCUAGUGCUUUUGUCACCAUUUUAUUAAGCUGGGGGAAACAAAAGGCUAUGAAAAUGAUACCAAUCCCACUUGAUGGUCUGGAUAGUCAAGGAGGAAGUUGCCCAAACAGUCAAAUUAACAGUCAAAGUAGCAGCAGAGCAACAAGUGCUGGAAGUAUAAUGAGCGCAAUUACUACAGGAAGUGCGUCUAGUGUUACAAGUGCAAGCAAAAAUGGAAGUAUUUUGAAUGGAAACCUUUUCCAAAAUCCACUUGAACAAAUUAUUGGUGAUAGAAGUCAACUUCAAAGAUACCUAGGGGGAGCUGGGUUUUACAAUUACCAAGUUGAUCAGGGAAGCCACAACGUCACAUUUGAAGAAAGACCAUUGGGAAAACAGCAGAGGCCUACAAUUACAAUUAACAUUGAGGUUUGUUCGGGAAUAGAUUGCCCUCAAUGCAAACCUAUCCACUCUGAUUUACCAGUUCCAGUAAUUAAUACAUCUUAUGAGGCUGAUGUUGUUAAGAAAAUUAUUAAAAAAUCUAGCGAUACUCCAGAUUUAAGUGAUUGUUCUGCUGUAACUUCAGCGUCAUCAAAAGAUACCUCUGUCGCAACAUCAGCAACUUCAAUGGUUACAUCAGAGGCUGAAUCUAUACCAGAAACAUCUGCCGAAGUAAUGUCUGCAUCUGAUUUAAGAAUAACCGAUACACUCCAUCAUCAUCAUCAUCAUUAUGACCAUGACCAUGACCAUGACCAUAUGCAUUCAUCAUACCCACAGUCUCAGUUAUUUUAUCCAAUGCAGCCGCCUCCAUCUGAAUACAAUUAUGGGUAUUCUCAAGCUGAAUUACCACAGGCACCGAUACCACCACCUGCUCUCACGCACACUACCACUUUAGCAGAAGCUGCUCAAAAAAUGCGUGCAGACAAGGCUGCCCAAGAACCUAUUACGCCCUCUAAUAAUGACCAAAUGGCUGCUGUUCCGAUUGAACACGAUCAUGCUUCUUCUUUUCAUAUACCACGGUUUGUACAAGCAGCAGCAACAGCCACACCUUAUUUUCAGGCUAUGAUACCACAAGCUCCGGUUACAGAGCCUAUACCUAAUACACAGGUCAUGCCUGUUGCAGCUCCUGCACAAACACAACUUACCCAACCGCCGUUCCAAGCACCACAACCACCACCGUCACAAUCCCUUCCUCAAGUUCUUGUGCCAACUCAAUAUCAAACACAAACACAAACACAAACUCAAGUGCAAUACCCUUUGCAAGGACAAACUCAGAUCCAAACCCAAGUUCAAUUUUCAGGGGUUGGGUCUAGCCACAAUGUUCAAAUACCAAUUCAAUCAUCUAAUCAACUCACUGACCAAAAUAAUACACAUAAUGAGAAGCUGGUAGGACAGGCUUCUGUUCAACCAUCUCAUUAUCAAAAUAAUAUUCAAAAUAAAAUGCAACAGAAUUUUACUCAACAGCAUAUUCAUGAUAAUUCACAGUAUACAGAUCAUUAUCAUGUUCAGCCGUACAACCAUAGCCUUUUUCAACCUACAGGUUUGCAAGAAACCUUUCCUACUACAACACCAGCUUCAAUGGAUCCAGAAAUUUCUGAGCCUCAAUCCUAUUAUUCAGUUCCUACACAAACUACAGGAAUAAUGCCAUCUCAACUGCAACCACAAACGCAGGUACAGACGCAAGUGCAAGCAGUCAUGCCUCAACAAGGAUCAAUUGCAGUUUCCGUUUCUACACCAGCAUCUGCUUCAGGAUCUACAUUACCACGAGCAUCUAUAGUUGCACCAGCAUCAGCUUCCACUGCGCCCAUUAAAGAAGCUCGGCCAACUCCAAGUGUUAGAAUUAGAGAUGAACCAGAAAUUAUUCCAGAAUCUUAUUCUGCCCCACCAAAGCUUGGUCCAAACUUUGUGCGGCAUUUGGCAAAUGAGAUUUCCAAUAGCAUUGUGCUGAAACAAAUGGCACCACAGACAAUUCACAAUCAUAUUGGCAAUGGUCAUAGAUAUGGAUCUUCAAGUGGUAGCAGCAGCUGCAGCAGUAGGGGAAGCAGAGGUAGUGGUAGCGAUAAAAGAAGGGCCAAAUAUGUAGCACCUAUGCGAUCAGUUUCAAGAAACAGUCGUCAACGGACUCGAUCGCCUAAUAGAAGUAACUCUUCAAAGUCGGCGAGAAGAGUAGAAGGGAAAAAUUCUGGAAAAAUUAAAAAAGGCCAAAACAAUAAGAAAAAGAAGAAAUCAGGGAGUAAGGAGGGUGUGCGUUCAUACUUUAAUCCAUCUGUGAAAUUCACAGAUACUGAAGAUGAUGAUGAGGAUUUCUGUGAUGAUGAAAUGGAUGACGAAGAUUAUGAUGAAGAUGAAAAUGAAGAGUUUUUCUCAUCAACAUCUUCAGACGAAGAUGACGAAGAUGACGAAGGAGAUGAUGAUGAUGAUGUGUGGAAUAGUUCAAGCAGCAGCAAUUUUGAAGAAGAAAAAAAGAGAAGAACCCCCCACAAAAAGAAAUCACAAAAAAAUAAAGAAAGCAAAUCACGAUGCGGAAGUGCAGGAAUGUGUCGACGUCCUGAAAGUAGUGGGAGCUCAUGCAAGAAAAAAUAUGGAACAUGGAAUGGUUCAUCUAGCAGAACAACAAUUACAACACCAGUAAAAUACCCUGCUAAGAUUAGUAGAAAAUACAAUCCUCGCCGUUACGAUGGAGGAUCAACACGAGGUGGAAGCUCUGGGUGCAGUGAAUAA